GCCCAGCGCAGGUGGUGCCUGGACAUGGAGAGGAGAGGGAGGCUGGGCCUGGGGUGCCGAGGGGCCCAGAGCACUUGGGGAGCACGGACCAAGUCAGGCUCCGGUAUAUAAAUCAGGCAAAUUCCCCAUUUGAGCAUGAACCUCUGAAAACUGCCGGCAUCUAAGGUCUCCUCCAAGGCCCUCUGGAGUCCAGCCCAUAAUGAAGGUCUUGGCGGCAGGAGUCGUGCCCCUGCUGCUGGUUCUGCACUGGAAACACGGGGCAGGAAGCCCCCUUCCCAUCACCCCUGUUAACGCCACCUGUGCCACACGCCACCCAUGUCACAGCAACCUCAUGAACCAGAUCAGGAACCAGCUGUUGCAGCUCAACAGCAGUGCCAACGCCCUCUUUAUUCUUUACUACACGGCUCAGGGGGAGCCAUUCCCCAACAACCUGGACAAGCUGUGCAGCCCCAACGUGACCGACUUCCCUCCCUUCCACGCCAACGGCACAGAGAAGGCUCGGCUGGUGGAGCUGUACCGAAUCAUCGCCUACCUUGGCGCUUCCCUAGGCAACAUCACACGAGACCAGAAGGUUCUCAAUCCCAACGCGCUCAGCCUCCACAGCAAGCUGAACGCCACCGCGGACGUCAUGCGUGGCCUCCUCAGCAACGUGCUCUGCCGCCUGUGCAGCAAGUACCACGUGGCCCAUGUGGACGUGGCCUACGGCCCCGACACCUCGGGCAAGGACGUCUUCCAGAAGAAGAAGCUGGGCUGUCAGCUCCUGGGGAAGUAUAAGCAGGUCAUCGCCAUGGUGGCCCAGGCCUUCUAGACGGGAGGUCUCGGAGUGCACAGUGACCCGAGAUCUUAGACUUAGGUGGCUCCCAAACUGUGGCCGGGACCCAGAGCAUGGCCAAACCGAAGUGGGGGCUGCGGGCAGACCCCGAGGGGUCCCUGGCGGGUCUACUCCCCUCUGGGGUGGGCUGUGAUGAAGCCAAGCCCACACUCCCAGAGGCAGAAGCUGUAUCUGGCGCCCACUAGUGGAAGGCGCCCCUUCUGGCAGCGAGGCACCAGGGUUUUGGGCUGGACUUCGGCCCUCACUUGUCCCCUCAGCCAGGGUCUUCGUGAGCAAACAACACAAGUUGUCUACGGCAACCCUGACCACAGGGCGAGACAGCAGGGGUCGGGGAGCUUUGCUCGGCCCCCAGCCGAAUGACCACCAUCAGUGCCUUCGCUGCCCCUUAGACCUUAAAAGGUCUGGUUGGAACUCAGGCAGCCCAGAGGGACUAGGAUCCUGGAGGAUACUUAGCGCCUACAAAGUAUGGUGAGUGGAAGGUAGAAAGGGAGCUCUGGUUUGAGAUGCUGCCUUGUCUUGGGUGUGAUUGGAGUGCUCAGGCCUAGGACUGUCGGGUGGAAGUUUCCAGGAGGAGGUCACUGGCAUUCAGGCUCUUGAGAGGCAGAGAGGCCACCCUCAGGCCUGGGAAGGAAGAGAGACCCCGAAAGUCCUGACAAGCUCUCCUUCCUCUUCCCUGCAGUCUGUCCUGCAGCCCAGGAAGGCCAGGGUCUGGUGGCUGGACCUGCAGGCGGGGCAUGUGGAGGCAGGCGGGUUGCAGUGUCAGGUGAGAAGGUUCUGAGAGAACCUCAAGUCUUCCUCAUGGGCAAGGGUCUGUAGGGGAGGGGUGGAUGGGGUAGUUCAGAGUGGCAGCUCACAUCCGAUGGAGGCCCCGUGAAGUCACACAAAGGUACUUGAGGGGCACCAGAGGCCAUCUCUGGUCCCUGGAGCAAGGGGACAGCAGAAAUUGAGGUCAGGGUCUCAGGAAGCCUGAGAUCCAAGAGUGCUGUGUGUCUGACCCAGAAUGAUUGUCUAUUUAUUUUGAUGCCCUAUUUAUAUUAAGUUAUUGGUGCUUUAAAUAGCAAAGUUAAUUCCCCUUUCCCUGCUCCCUCCCCAACAGAAAUAAUAAGGCAGCUCCUUCUAUGGGAGCCCAGGCCAGGCCUUAGCAGGGCCUGGUCUGGAAGUCGAAGGUGUUGAAAAUGUUACAAGAGGGAUAAGCCUUAUGGGUGAAACUCAAAGAAGGGUCGAGAUCUGAGAGAACUGGUCAGUCUGGGUGGGGGUGGGGGACCUGGCUCCAUCCCCCACCCCAGACGACUUGCUUUGGAGAUAUCAGACCAUGGUGGGUCGGUUUGCAGAGUGGCCGGAGGGGCUGGGGGGCUUUUCCCAGGGCUGCCAUGUUGCUUGGUUCCAAGGGACUCAUUCAACACUGUCCUCUGGCACCCCCUGGAAUCAGGCCAUUAGAGGCGGCAUUCGUGGUGGAGAUGGCAUCCAGGAGCAGGGGGCAAGGCAGCCCUGGUGGCCUGCUGCUGUUUCCUUGUCCCCACGCUGCCCCUAGACUCGCAGUCAAGGGGCCCUGGGACAGUCCUGACCCAGCACCCAGCGCGCUCGCGCACAGCGGGAACACCCACAGAGGGCGAGAGGGCCUGGCUGGACCAGUGCAGGGAGGAGGCCCUGCUCCAGAGAGGAGGACAAGGAGGCCCUGGGAUGCAGACCAGGAAGCUGUGGUCCCUCCUGCCCCGCCUCCCCCUACGCCCCCACCCAUGUCUGGGCUCCCAGGCGGGGAACCCGAUCCUUCCCUUUGUGCUGGGGCCAGGCUGAUGGAGAACCGCCCUCUAGUCUGGGAGCAGGGGAGGAGGGCCUGGAGCCGGGGCCGCUGCUAAGAGCAGGGUCUGGCUUCUUCUCAAACCCUGACCGGGCAGCGGUCCUAGCAGUUCAGCCAGCGCGAUUACGGUACUUUGCACUCGACUCUGCACUGCUCUGUCUUCUCUAAGCACUUUACGUGUGUCCAUCAGAUAGCAGGUGGGCAGGCGGCUGGCAGCCCUGAGGCCUGGGGUCCGGGGCCGGAGGUGGGAGUUGUCCAUCGCAUUGGCAAGACUUGUGGCGGGUGGUGGAGGAGAUCAUGAUGGUUACAUGUUUUCUGACACUGUCUUAAUGUGGGUCACACUCAGCCUUGCCCAGGAUCUCAGCCUGCUGUCCCCUCAUGGCUCUGCUCCUUCGGUGAACGUGGCUCCGAAGGUUUGGGGCCAGCUGGUCUCUCAUCAUCUCAUCAUCCCAUGAACACAGACUCCCAGUGCCAGCCCCACCCUGGGCAGCCUCGGAGGCCUGGGGACCAAGCGAGUUUCCUCCCCCAGGCCCAGCACAGCCCCGGACCUGCCCCUCACCCCCAUGCUCAGUGCUCUUUGUAGAGCCAGCCAGGCAGAUGGGCACCCACUUUGCACAGCAUCUCUGAAUUCUGGAGCCUCUGUGUGGAAAAAGCUUUGCAGGGCAGGAAGCUGUCCACUUCCUCCUUUAUUUCAUCUGCUGGUGUUGACCCACACCUGCAUCCUGGGUCACAGCCCCAGCCAGAGGAGGGGUUAGGACAGUCAUUUGCAGUUUAUGGAAAGAGGAGUAUUGGGGACUUAAUUUAUUUAAAAAAUUUUUAAACGAGAAAGCACAACUAUUUAUUUGUCUCUCCUCCUCAUUGUCUCCCUCCCCCUUUCCUCGUCCCCUCCUUGGGAACGUCUCCCCUGAUAGAAGCAGUCCAGCUCUGCUUGGCUGACUCUCCAGGACAGACAUAGCGUGUGGGGUUGGAGGCCAGAAUCAAGCGAGAAGUUAAUUUCCCUUCAGAUGGUACAGAUGUUCUUACUUUCCGAUCGCCCCCAGCCAGCCCCUGGCCCCCCUCCCUGUACCUGGGCAUUGCUCCAUCCACACUGCUAGCUCCGACAUCCUUCCAUGUUUCCCUCCUUCCUUUCUACUGGAAAGGACUUGGCCUUGGGGGACAAAUUCCUCUUUGAUGAAUGUACCCUGUGGGAAUGUUUCAUACUGAUAGAUUAUUUUUAUUUAUUCAAUGUCAUAUUUAAAAUAUUUAUUUUUUAUAC